GCCCCUCGUUGUGCUGAUACUUUAGAUAAUUUGCAACCUUCAAUAAAGCGAUUGAAGGUGGAGCAAUCUUUUCAACCUGUGGUCCCUGAGACUGAAAAUUGUAAACGCUCCAUUGUUUCUACUACAGAGGCAGAUUUACCUCAGGAUGCCGAGAGAAAGGAUCAUAAGCCAUUGAAGUCAGAGACCGUGGAAGUGAAAGCAGAAAUUCCUGAUGUUCCUUUUCAAACAGGAUUUGGCAUUAAAGAAGUGAAAAAUGAAGCUGUUGAUAAUGUUCCCAAACCUAGGCUUGUCAGUGAACAUGGUUUAUCUGGUGACUCGCCAAAGCAAGAAAACAUCAAAAUGGAGAAAAAGCCUGAGCCGAAGGAAGAAGAUCUGGUGGACAAUCCUGAAC